CAACAGACACAGAGCUCCGUACAAAUAGAGUCAUUAUCACACUAUUUACUAUCCAUUAUAUACAUGCCACACUCCUUGCGAAUGGUAUGCCUCACGAAUCUUUUUUGUUGGAUGGCGCACGUUUGCUACUCACUUUAUUUUACUGAUUUUGUGGGCGAAGCUAUAUUCAAUGGUGACCCAAAGGCAACAGAAGGCUCAAACCCUCAGAUCCGUUACGAAGAGGGCAUUCGCUUCGGAUGUUGGGGAAUGGCAAUGUAUUCACUGUCAUGUGCUUGCUAUUCGCUUGUUAUAGACAAGCUUAUUCAACGUUUUCGGGCCAAGCUUGUAUACGUUGGAGGUCUUUUUUUUUAUUGCACUGGAAUGGCCUUAAUGGCCUUGACUCGAGCAAAAAUAAGUGUCAUACUGUUUAGCUGGACAGCGGGUGUUAUGUAUUCUACUCUCUUCACCAUGCCAUAUUUACUUGUAGCACACUACCACCAUUUGUCCACGAUGAAAAUGGACAAGCAAAACAUGGAUCAGGAGUAAGAGGAUUGGGCACUGAUAUUGC